CGACAACCAAAAGCUGCUUGGCCCUAUCCCGACUUCGAUAAACGCCCUGCCAUAUAUUCACAAAGCCUAGAACUCAUUUCCCACGACAUCAAUGUGGCCUGGAAUUUCCACUGCGCGGCGUUACCUGGCCCUUUUUCUCAUUUUCCUCCCCACAUUCUACAUUACUUUCCAAAUCUUGCCCACUUCCCCCCUGGCCAAUUCUCCAGAGAUAACUUGCAAUUCGAUUUCGCCAAGCCAUAGACUCAUCUAUCGGCGCAAACUAGUAGGACUAGCAAUAGUGUCUCUGUUAAACUCGCCGCACGUUCUGCCCCAGACAAUUUGCGAGGAGAUAAAAGCGAUCACGACUACCACGGGAGGGAGCCGCCGCAUUCUAAGAUAUCUCCAACCCUUCAACUUGUUGUAUAUCUUUGCGGCCGGCUCCACGCUUACCACCGGGGCUGCAAUAGACUCUUACAAACAGUCCGGGAGUGAAGCGCUAUUUUUUAGCGUUUUUGCUGUGUUAUUGGGGUAUUUCACGGUCAAGAUGGCUUUGCUUCUCUAUGAGGAAAUUGAACCCUCUAGCGGUAUUGAUGAAGACGGGGAAAAUAACACAUCUUCCAAUGCCGAUCCGUAUCCAGUCUAGAUAUGGCCACCGUUACUGUUCCUGCGAUAGCCAGCUCAGACGCCUGUAUACUCAAGGUCUCGAAUACGCUUCAAAUAUGGAUCGGCAUAAGAGCAGUAUCAUGGUAAGACUACCCCUUAGCCUCAACUCUCUCAGGUGCUUUCACUAACAAUUACGCGCACGCGCUUCUAUAACGUGUUCGGAAUUGCAGAAACGAUAUGAGCCUUGCUGCGGAGGAAGCUUUAUUGGGAUAAAUCACACACCAAGCCUAUCAGACGAUUUCGGCGUGCGGGGUAGUAGGGCUCUUGUGGCGGGCAGAGCACACAUCAAUGUCAGAGGAGACUAUGGCCAAUAAUAGACUCGGGUCGGUUUUAACACAAUAUACACCUGAUCUAUGCAGUACCAU